UGCCACCAAUCAGUGCCAGUCAGUGCCGCCUAUCAGUGCUGCCAAUCAGUGCCCAUCAGUGCCGCCUAACAGUUCCAAUCAGUGCCGCCUAUCAGUGUCAUAUAUGAGUGCUGCCUUUCAGUGCCCAUCAGUGCUGCCUGUCAAUGCCCAACAGUGAUGCCUGUCAAUGCCUCCUCAUCAGUGCCGCCUAUCAGUGGCCAUCAGUGCAGCCUAUCAGUGCCCCUCACUGCAGCCUCAUUAGCGCACAUCAG